AAAAAAAAAACUAGUCAAAUUCUAUUUAUUCCCAAAAGCGAUCUUGACCUCGAAUCCUCGAUCCUCAAAACAUGGCGCCGCUCGCCACCGAUUCCGUCCCCCGCUCCUCGCUGACCACGGUUCGCUCCGGCGGCGGCUUCCCGGAGCGGGUCUUGCUCGACAAGACGGGCCGCAUCGCCGCCGACCGGAACGCGACGACCGCGGAGGCCGAGACGAGCGAGGGGCGACCCGUGGCCGUCUCCUUCUGGCUCGUCGACGCGCCGGAGAUCUCCUCCUUCUCCGUCGACUGCCCCGGCCUCCCGGAGAAAGACUACCACCACGGCCUCCCGCCCUUCAUCAUCUGCGCCGAGGGGCGCUUCGUCCUCUUCUGCGUCGUCCUCAACGUCCCUCGCUGGAAGUCCUUCCACCUCUUCCUCUACACGGCUUCUUCUUCAGAGGAGCCGUCGCUGCACCUGCUCCCGGAACCUGCCGACUGCGUGGUUGAGCGCUUCGAGUACCAGAAUUUCGCCAUCUUGCCCUCCUCCGGCGGCGCCGACCGCCGGCGGGACUAUGCCGUGGCGUUCCUCGAUUGGAAGUGGAAUCCCCAUGAUAAUCCUUGCCCGCAGUAUUACGUCAACGUCUUCUCGUCCGAGACACGGUCGUGGACCAGGAGGAAGGCUCUGUUGGAUGUGCCGGAGUCUGAGAAGGCCCUUCUCCAAUUACAUGAGAUCACCAAGCAGAUCGCUGUCGGAACGAGUUCAUUGGCCUGGGUUGAUCUUGUGCGUGGCAUUAUCCUCCUCUCCGACCUGUUUGAGCAGCAGCCCGUCGUCAGACACAUCCCGUUCCCGGCGUCGAGGUUUUGCUUCGCUGAUACGGAUGAUGAUGGUCUCGAUUCCAAAAUUUCUGUCGAGUACUUUCGCGACGUCGCCUGCUGCGACGGUCUGAUCAAGUUUGUGGAGAUAGACUUCGAUGAUUACCCUGACUGCAGAAGCAAUGGCAGCGCUUGGAAAGCCACCACCUGGAACAUGGAGGUCUCUUGGAACGGUUGGCGCAAGCGUUGCACGGUUGAUGUCGACGGAAUCUCGGUUGACUCGAGCUAUUCGGCUAUUUUGCCCAUGCUGUCGGAUGAACACAGCGAGCAGCUGAAACUGAAGAAUCUUAUCUUCCUUGUCCCCACCCUGAGCAUGCAAGAUGAUGAUCUUCUUUACAUCAUGGCUAAGGUGGAUUAUGAAGACGACACAGCCUGGGUCAUUGCUGUUGACAUGAAACAUGCGUCUGUGGAGGCAUUAGCCCUGGUUACUGAACCGUCCUACUCUUCUCCGAUGUACUAUCCAUGCGCCUUCCCCAAGUAUCUCAGCGACAUGACACCAGGAACACCUAAGGAUUAUGAGAAGCCAGGCUACACAAACGAUUACAAAUUGCUCGGCUUGCCUCAGGCUAAGCUGCUCCCCCGCAACAAGAAGUCAGCAGGCCACGCAGAGCAAAAGUCUCACAAGAGGAAGCAAGAGAGAUUUGACAACCCCAGUAGCUCUCAUGGGGAUAAUAAGCAGGAGCUGGCACUGGGCGGGACUUGGAGCUCUAGAUGCCAACGACUAGCUGUGGUUCUACUGGAGCUGGAUCACCGGUGGGUGUACUUUGUUUGCUGGCUAGUACUGCCGAUGCUUUACAUCAUCUUCGGCUUAGUAAUACCGUUCAUUGCAAAGCUAAUUUGACUGCAAAUAUUGCUCCUGUCCCAACUAUAUGUAUGUAAAAAACAAGAGCAUACUAGUAUGAACUGCAGUAGUGGCUUGUUGUUAGAAGGUUCUUUUUAUGAAUCAUAUUUGGAGAUGGCACUAACAACAAUAUCUAUAGUUAAACCGCCUAUUUUCCCUUGAUGUAUUUAUUCUUAGCCUAUAUUGUAGUUGUUGGUUACUUCAGCAAAAAUAGUCUAAUUUCCGUUAUC